AGCUGGGAUGAAAACAGGUGACUUAUGAACACACGCGUCGAUCAGCCCGCCCGGUUGUUAACUUUAUAACUCUCACAAGUGCAACAACACACAUCUAACGCCACUUUAUUUCGCCUCAGUUAGCCCAACGUCUAUCCUAGAGCUUGGAGCGAGAAGACAAACGGAGGUGAUUUAAAUCAUGGAUAAUGUAAAGCAGAUCCUCCAGGGAGUGGAGCUCGACCACCGGACAGUGGCACUACUGACGGGUGCUGCCUGCGGUGUGGGCGCUCUGGUGCUGCUGGUGCAGAAGGUCCGCAGCCACCAAGAGAUGAUGGAAAAGAUCCAGAGGGCUAGAAACCGCAGGACUGACAGCCUGCAGCGGGCGGAGCAGGCGGUGCAGCAGCACAAGAAGUCGCUUCCAGUGACCGACUCUGCUCAUAUCUUGAUGCUGUCCCUGUCUGAGUUGACAAAGAAACUGCAGGAAGGCUCGCUGAGCCCCAAGGACGUGCUUUACACCUACAUGGAAAAGACUCUGGAUGUAAACAAAGAUCUGAACUGCUGCACGGGGAUCUUGUUAGAGAGUUUUGACCAGCUGAAAACUGUUUCUACAAACAAGGAAGGUCUCUUGUAUGGAGUUCCAGUCAGCAUCAAAGAAAACUUUGCAUACAAGAACCAUGACUCUUCUUGCGGUGUGGUCAUUAAUCUGGAACAGCCUGUGCAGCAGGACGGCGUGCUUGUGGAAGUUCUGAAGAGACAAGGAGCCAUUCCCUUUGUGAAAACCAACGUGCCCCAAGCACUAUUAAAUUAUGACUGCAGUAACCCCAUCUAUGGACAGACUGUGAACCCCCACAACCUCCAGAAGACAUCCGGAGGUUCGUCCGGUGGGGAGGGGGCUCUUAUUGCGGGAGGGGGCUCCGUGCUUGGUUUGGGCAGUGAUAUAGGAGGUAGCAUCCGUAUUCCUGCCUCAUUCUGUGGGAUCUGUGGCUUAAAGCCAACAGCGGGUCGACUUAGUGUAAAGGGGAUGAGCUCCAUUUAUCGAGGGCAAAAAUCAGUGUUGUCAUCUCCUGGACCCAUGGCGAGAGAUGUGGACAGUCUGGCUCUGUGUAUGCAGGCUCUGCUCUGCGACCACAUGUUUUCUUUGGACCCCAUGGUUCCACCCUUACCUUUUAAUAUGCAGAUAUACCAGAGCACCAAACCUCUCAGGAUCGGUUACCUAGAAAGCGACGGCUACUCUCACACGUCUCCAAGCAUGUCCCGAGGCAUCAGAGAGGUCAAAGCUCUGUUAGAGCAAGCAGGGCACACUUUGGUGCCCUACACUCCUCUGAAGAUCUCUUACGCGUUACGUGAAUUGCUUAUAAAGGGUAUCCUAGCAGAUGGAGCUACCACCCUGCUUCAAAAACUGGAGGGGAGCCCUGUGGACCCCUGUCUCAAAGCACAGCUUUUACCUUACUAUAUUCCUACAUGGUUGAAGAAAAUCCUCUCUUUCCUCCUUAAGCCCCUGUCUCCUCGUGGAUCUGAAAUCCUCGGUGCUUUGUGUGGAGUUGGUUCUGUUCCUGGUCUGUGGAAGCAGCACGCUGCCGUUGAGGUCUACAUUCAGGAAACAAUAGCAGCCUGGAGAAGAUGCAACAUAGACGUGCUGCUGUGCCCGGUGAUCGGACCAGCCUACAACUUCCUCUACUGCGGCAAGCUUUCCACUGCUGUCCCUCACACGAUGCUGUACAAUCUCCUCACUUUUCCUGCCGGCGUUGUUCCUGUUUCCACGGUGACAACAGAGGAUGAGGAGGAACUCAAGCACUAUAAGGGCUUUUUUCAGGACCACUGGGACAAGCUCUUUAAACAGGCUGUGUCUGGAGGCGAGGGUCUGCCGGUGGCGGUGCAGUGUGUCUCGCUGCCAUGGCAGGAUGAGCUCUGCCUGCGCUUCAUGAAGGAGGUGGAACAACUGGUCAAACAGAGCAGAAAGUAAGGCCUGGAGGACACAGGUGGGGCUGAUAACUUCAGGGGCUUCAGGCCAAAUCUGCUCUGAAUACACUCAGUGAAUGUGAAAACACGAACAACAGGCCAGUCCAAAAAAUCAUUAAUGAUGAUGCUUUUUUAAGAAGAAUAACUGCACUAAACACCUGUUAACCGCAUUA